GGUUAUACGACUAUACCGUCAUCUAUCACUAGUUUGUCUUUUGAUCCUUACAGCGAAUUGCUCUGGAGUGGAAACUCACACGGCCAGGUUUGCUCACUAUAUGGUUUAGAUGGCGAAAGAUACACCUCCUAUAUGGCACACAGGAAUAGCCCCGUAAAGGAGUUGUGUCUCGACGAUAGGGGUAUCGUUACUUUAGGCUUGAAUGGCGUGAAAGGUACAAAGAGAUCAGCUAUCGGUAAAUGGAUGGUAGAGGAACCAAGGUCUAGCUUGGAAGCUAUGUCUAUGUCCCCUGGUUCAUCGGAAGUCGUUGCUGGUGGUAAUCAGCUCGAUUUGCUAGUCUUAAAUACCAACUCAGGUAGUUUGGUUAGAAAAAUUGAAGUACCAGAACCUAUUCGUUUCCUUAAGCCUGGUCCUCGUUCUUCUGUCGUUUGUGGUGAUGUCAGCGGUAAUGUCCAAAUAAGAGAUACUAGGGUAUCAAAGGCAGCCAUGCAGCACAUCCAACCUCAUAAAGAUGGUUUACUCGGUAUAGAAUCCACUGGUAAUAUCCUUCUCAGUUGGGGUUGUACAACUAGAUUUGGCAGAGUCGUUCCCGAACCACUUGUAAAAGUUUACGACGCGAGAAUGAUGCGUCCUUUGCCACCAGUCUCAUUCCCAAGUGGUCCGUCUUUCGUCAAGAUACAUCCACGUGUAUCGACUUCAGUCUUUAUAUCGGAUUUACAAGGUCAGUUCCACGUCACAGAUCUUAGUACAUCAACUGGAACUUAUCAUAUGCUCGAUAUAUCCUCAUAUGUGACAUCGAUGGCUGUUUCGACUACUGGUAACCAUCUAGCUUUUGGUGAUGCAGACGGCUCAAUUCAUAUCUGGACAGAUCUUGAACCGGGUCAACCUGAAAAUUUCAACGCUUUCGAAGGUAUACAGCUGGAUUGGCCGUCAGAGGUACAAACCCCACCACGUAUAGAUUGGAAUGAUAGAACACCUCUUAAUAGUAUUGGCUUACCAUAUUAUGACACACCAUUGUUGUCUUCAAUGCCGUUACAUAUGCCCCUACCAGAUUCAUCUCCUAUGUUCAACCCACCAACUCCAAUACCAAUAUCUGUCAUGAAAGGAUUACGAACCGAUAUAUUUCCAGCCCAUGCUCAGAAUCCACCAGAAAAUAAGGGUAAACGCAAUCUCACACCCUCUCGAAAAGCAGGUAGAAGCGGUAGGAAUAGGAUUGGUGGUCGUCAAUCUGAUGAACCAAAAUUUAUUUCUGAACAGAUUAGAGAUAAUCUUAAGAAUGGUGGUGUCAAUAACCGUCCUCGUUUGGAAUCACGUGUUGAAAACCUUGAGUUGGACAUAAGCGACGUUGCAAAUAUGCCAAAGCAUUAUCGCAAAGUUGAAAUAAAAUACUCCAAAUUCGGUAUAGAAGAUUUCGAUUUUGGCUUCUACAACAAAACACCAUAUUCUGGAUUAGAAACACACAUAGCAAAUUCAUAUACUAAUGCAUUACUUCAAAUACUUCAUCAUAUAAAACCAAUUAGGGCUGUCGCUACAUCACAAACAACUUUACCAGAUCUAAAGGAUAAUUGUUUAUUGACCGAAUCUGGCUUUUUGUUUAGGAUGUUAGAAAAUGGAAAAGGUGUCAAUUGUCAAUCUGCCAACUUCUCUAGAGCAUUAUCGAGUUUCCCACAGGCAAAAGCUUUAGGCAUUCUGGACGCUGAUAUAAGUGGAAAUCAUAACGCUCCUUAUGGAAACAUGAUUCAAAGUUUCAAUAGGUUCUUACUUGAACAAAUGUCAGUCGAAAGCUGGACAUUUCAGCCUAGUCCUCAGAUCUGCAAUAAUGGAAAUAUGAGUCCUAUAUCUCAACUUUUGGGCAUAGAGUCUUUAUCUGUCUCAAUGUGUACCGAUGGAUGUGGAUCACGUUCAGUGAGAAAGGGUGUCACUCACGUCAUUGAAUUCAUGUAUCCAAGGAAGACAUUAUCGAAUGAAGUACCAUUACCGGUAGACUUUGGUUCCAUACUUUGCGCCUCAAUCAUACGCGACACUCUAACGAAACAUGUUUGUCCAGUUACGAAACAAUUCGUACCAUUACACUCGCGCCGCAUAGUCUCAACAUUUGAUUCACAAUUCCCUGCAGUUUUGUCAAUAAACGCUGGUGUACAUUCCAAGGAGAACUUGGACAUUUGGCUCAAUCCUGCUAGAAGACCAGGAGAGUCACCAUAUAAUCCAAAACCUGAAUACUUUUUACCAUUUGAAUUUGGUAUUAAAAGAACAAGCGAUAAUGUUCAAGUUGUUACUGAUCAAGAUAAAUAUGAUGGUGAUAUGGCUAUUUACAGUUUAAAGGCUGUUAUUGCACAAAUAUAUCCAGAUCACGACUCCAAUCAUCUUGUUUCAAUUGUCAAAAUAUCAGAUGAUGAAUUGGAUGAUAAUUCUAAGAGUCCUUGGUAUAUAUUUAAUGACUUCCUCGUUCGCAACGUUAGUCCAGUCGAAGCUCUCUCUUUCUCUGAGUGGAAAAUUCCAUCUGUCAUCUAUUACGAAAGGAAGAACGUAGACAAGUGUGUCAAUUUCACUGCACUUAACCAGAAGAUUGAUCCAACUAUUCUUUGUCAUGACUUGUCUAUCUCUUGGAACCGUGAUCCUAAACUUAUCAAGCAUCAGGUUUUGAGCGAAGAAGAAUUACCAAAACCCGGUUCUCUUGUUGCUAUCGAUGCAGAAUUUGUUUCAAUGGAUAGAGAAGAAAUAGAAUUUAGAUCGGAUGGGUCAAGAUCUGUCAUAAAACCGUCGAAACUAUCACUAGCUCGUGUUUCAGUUUUGAGAGGAGAAGGAGAUCUGGAUCAAAAACCGUUCAUUGAUGACUACAUACAUACAAGUGAACCAGUUGUUGAUUACUUGACCGAGUUCUCUGGUAUUAUACAUGGUGACCUUGAGCCUAGUACUUCAAGACACACACUUGUUCCUCUCAAAGCAGCUUAUCGCAAGCUUCGGUUGCUAGUCGACAUGGGAUGUAUAUUUAUUGGGCAUGGUUUAUCCCAAGACUUUAGAAUUAUAAACUUGUUUGUUCCACGCAAUCAGAUAAUAGAUACCGUGGCACUGUACCAAAAGAAAGACAGUCAUAGGAAGCUAUCAUUAAGAUUUCUCAGUUGGUUCCUUCUCAAGCAAGAUAUACAACUAGACACACACGACUCUAUUGAAGAUGCAAGAGCCGCGUUACUUUUAUACAAAAUGUAUAAAGCAUUUGAAAAGGACGGUAGAUUGGAAGACGUUUUAGAUGACAUAUACAGCGAAGGAAGAAGAUUGAAUUGGAGACCACCUGCAAAUGCAACAACCACAACGAACAACCAGAUAUCAACAACACCGACACCGACACCGUAUGAAGUUAAAAUCCCACCACAGCAACAAAGUCAGGCCGCUGCUACAGGAUCAUUUGCUACCAUACCUACAAUUUUCCCUUCUGUCAGUCAGGUAGUAAGCUCUGGAAUACCAUCGCAAAAUUCAUUCCCGAUCGUACAGUCAACAGCACCUAUAUUUAAUAAUGAAAGACAAGCACAUAGGGAUCCAUGGCAUUAAACUCUAAAUUCUUGUUGUAAAAUUUUAUAAAACAUAAAAUAAAUACA